AUGAUUGCACACUUCAAUCGCUUUGUCAACAAUGGAUCUGGCCUGGAGAAGACCCUGCGCCUGAUCCAGUCUGUGGCGCAGAUCGUUGCGGUCUUUAGUGUCGGGAGCACCGCAGUGCGAUUGACGACCGUCAAGAUGCAAUUGGCCCUGACAAGGAGGUAUUUCCGCUUCUUUGGCUUCAUUGAGUCAUUUCAACGCGUGUCCGCGCUGCUAAGCAAGGAAGGAAUGGGUUCUGUGCCGGGCUGGAUUGAUCUGGCCAAGUGGACUUGUUUCGGUCUUUAUUUUGUGCUGGAAGAUUUGACUAUUGUAGUUGCAUACCAUGGGCGUCUAUAUUGUGCCUGGGAGGAACGUGUCAUGCGUGAGGCGAAUCAAUUCUGGUUCUACGCUCUGUCCUUCUCUCUCAUUGGCGCUGUUUACGCACUUCUCUCGCCUUCUCCAGCAUCUAAGUCGAAAGGGAAGAAAGGUCAGAAGGAUGAAAAGGUUACUGCGCCCACAGUCAAUACUUCGGCUUUGGUGAAACAAAUUGUGGUUGAAAGCUGUGAUCUGUUGAUUCCCGCGCAACUCUUGGGCUGGUAUCCCACCGGUGACUUGAUUGUGGGCAUGACUAUGGUUCUGAGCACACUGAUAACUGGCAAGGCCAUCUGGUCGCGGGUGUGA